UUUGUGCAGUUGUAAUUUUGUUCGCUUUCUGGCUUUUAUUGGGAUUUUUUAAUCAAAAGAGAGACUUUGUUUUCUUUUGGUUAUCCAAAGUCCAAAAGCGAGCCAAUCUUCUCCUUCACACCUGCAAAUGCCCGUCCCAUUGAGCUCCAACUGGCUGCUCUCCAUUUCCGAAGAUAAGAAGAAGAAGAAGAAGAAGACGACGUAAUUCCUUCUUAUUUUCCCUUUUUGUCCGCCGUUCUGGGUGGAGAUGGGUUCUGGAUUUUCUCUUGCAAAAUCGGUGAUUUCCAUGUGAAUCUAUCUUCCCCCCCCCCCCCCCCCCCCCCCUUUCCAGCAUCAACCCUGGUUUUUGCCGAGAUGGAGGAGGUUGAAGAAGCCAAUAAGGCGGUAGAGAGCUGCCACAGAGUCGUUAAUCUCCUGUGCCACUCGCAGGAUCAGGUUCAGUUUAAACACUUAAUCGUGGAAGCAGGGGAAGCUGUGACCAGGUUCAAGAAGGUGAUUUCUCUUCUCGGCAAUGGCGUCGGCCACGGCAGGGUCAGAAGCCUUCGCAAGAUGAAGAAACCAUCUUUAUCCCACCACCUGCUCGUGGAAAGUCCCAGCUGCCACCAAACCAGUCCGACUCCAAAUGACAAGCCCCUCCAGCUUCUGCCUUCUAGAUUCCCGGAAAACCCAACUUCUUUGCAGCUUUCCCAGAAAAUGUUUCUCGAGAAUCCUGCUCUGGAUGGUGCCGGUUCGUCCAUGAAGAUUCCUCUGCAAGCUGUUCAGCCUAGGCCAUUGCAGCCCCAUCAUCUUCUUCAGAUGCAGAGGCUGCAGCUUCAGCAACAGAUGAAGUAUCACGCUGAGAUGGUUUAUUCUAGGAGUACUAACAGUGGUGUAAAUCUCAAAUUUGAUGGCUCUAGUUGCACACAGACCCUUUCAUCCAACAGAUCGUUCAUCUCAUCUCUGAGCGUGGAUGGAAGUGUGGUAAAUUUGGACGGGAAUUCGUUCCAUUUGAUCGGCGUGCCGCAGCCUUCUGAUCAGACUUCCCAGCAAUCCAGGAGGCGGUGCAGUGGUCGGGGAGACGACGGGAGCGUGAAAUGUGGUAGCAGUAGUAAAUGUCAUUGCUCCAAGAGGAGGAAACUGAGGGUGAAGAGAUCAAUUAAGGUGCCUGCCAUCAGUAACAAAGUUGCAGAUAUUCCGCCUGAUGAGUAUUCCUGGAGGAAAUAUGGACAGAAACCUAUCAAAGGAUCCCCACAUCCCAGGGGGUACUACAAAUGCAGCAGCGUGAGAGGCUGCCCGGCAAGAAAACAUGUCGAGAGAUGCUUGGAAGAUUCUGCGAUGCUAAUGGUGACCUACGAAGGCGAGCACAACCAUUCUAGGUCACUACUGUCACAGUCUGCCAAUACAUAAAGGAAAACUUGAUGAAUACUUUACCUAACUGUAUGUAUGAGAUCCAACUCAUAGAUUUCGGCUUGUGUGCAUGGUUCUUCUGAAACGAAGAAUCUUGGUUGGCGUCUAAAAGUGAACUCGUCCUGUAUAUAGAGUAUAGGGUUUGAACCUUGAACCCCACCCCGCGGCUAAAGUUGGUGGAGCCGGAUUUGUACCAAUAUAGAUAGAUAGAUAGGCUUCUAUAUAGCUAGCUCUUCCACAGCUCGGCUUUCCUGGUCAGCUGGUUGAAGAGUCUUGUGCAUUCCUGUAGAAAGGGCUUGAAUUUGUAAACUCUCGCUCCCCUGAAACUUAAAUAGUUAGUUCAUGUCCAUUGUUGAUACUUUCCCUUCUGCUUUCUCUAUUAGCUUCAUCAAACUUGUCCACCCCCCACUAGUUGAUGGAUUUAGGGAGCUAGAACUUCCAAUUUUAAUCAUAAUAGCUGGAUAAAAGUUUAUUAAUAUGUUAUUGUUGUUAUGGUAUAUCAAUGGAUGAGUCUAGUCUAGGAAUGAAACUCGGAUUUUAGCCACUAUCUCUUGUACUAAGAUGGAAGAAAGAUUGCCCU